GUAAUAAAUUUCACCGUUUCUCUACCCGAAUCUAGUCGAACAUGUCGACUCUUUAUUUUCUACCAGUUUUUCUCUUAAUUUGCUCCACAAGUGGUUCCGUUUUCACCGAAAUGUUCCAAAACACUAGCGCUAUGUCGCCAAAUUCCUCCACAGAUGGAUCCCUUUUUUCUGAAACGCACCAAAACACAAACAUAACCCCUUCCAAUCCGGACCUUAUAUUUUUUAACCGAGUCCCCAAAGUAGGGAGCACUAUGAUGAUAAAUCUCCUCAGAAGACUGUCCUUCCGAAAUGGGGUCGCCUUCUUUCAAGACGCCGCCCACCCGGGGAUGCAGGCCAGGCUAAACUGUGUCCAGGAAGCUGACCUUGCUCACCUCCUAUGUCAGCUGCCGAAACAACCACCCAGCGUGUACACUAAGCACGUCGCCAUGGUCAACUUUACCCGUGGAGGGGGUGGGUGCGCCCAGGUUGUGUACAUCAACAUGGUGCGGGACCCUCUCGAGCGGAUGAUUUCAUGGUAUUACUACAUGCGGUUAGGCGGGGUUAGAAACUUCGUCGCUAAAAUGAGGAAGAAUAACAAACCGGAGGACGACAAGUGGUUGCAGAGGGAUUUUUCUACCUGUGUUCUCCAAAAUUAUGAUGAAUGUCGAUUCGAGGGCGCACAUGAAAAUGUGUGGAGUCAAAUGAUGUUCUUUUGUGGGAUGGACGAGCGGUGCAACGAGAAGAACGGUGCAUGGGCGUUGAGCAGAGCGAUGGAAAACGUGGACAAAUAUUAUUCCGUGGUCGGUGUCCUGGAGGAACUCGACCUCAGUCUGGAAGUCUUUGAGGCCUACAUUCCCCGCGUUUUUGCCGGUGCGAGGGAAACUUAUCUCAAAAACAAGGAAACGAUGGUCACAAUUAACAAAAAUUUAGAAAAGCCCAACAUUCCCGAAGAUGUUAAGCAGCUCGUCCGUGACCAAAUGGGUAAUGAGGUCAAGUUCUAUGAAUUUUGCAAACAAAGGUUGCACCUACAGGCAAAAUUUGCAAAACAAGUAAACACACACACUAAGACAGUUUUACUAAAUAACGGAUCGAGAUCUGAGGAUGAGAAGUAAGUAAAAAUUAGGGCGCCAAAAUUAAAUAUUCAAAAAAUUAUACUCUAGAUUGAGGUGUACCCCACAAAUAUAUUCCAUUUGAAGUAUAUGAUUUGACUACUUUGCAUACAUACACAUACAAAUAAAUAAAUUUGCGAUGUCUUGAGUCUGCUUUUCUUAAAUUCACUUUUAACCAACCAAAAAUUUCUUCGCCUCACAGUACUCAUAUUCAAUGCAAAAUUCUGAAAUGUAAUCACGUCGUUUUAAAAACUAAUUUCAAAAAAUAAAUGCAGUAUAUUUGGUAUUUAAUGAGAGAAUGAUAAUAAA